UGUGUUUCGAUGACAAACAUAUGUUAAAAUUCUCAUUAACAGUUGAACUUUGGAAAAGCAACCCUGCGAAAAGUCUUUGCAAACACUGCUGUUGAGAUAAAUUAAAAUUGUGGAAAAUUCAUUGUCACUUGUGAUUGUAUUAAAAACGUCUGAAAGUUGGAAGUGCGCAGUAUUUAGCAUAGAAAUUGAUAAAAUCGGUAAAAAAAAACAAUAAUUAGGUAUAUAAUUUGUAUGCAAAAUGUUAAUAAAUCUUAAGGUAAAGACGCUUGAUGCACAAACUCACGAAUUUAGUGUUGAUAAUGAGAUUACUGUGCGGGAAUUCAAGGAUAAAAUCGCUGAAAAAACGAAUAUUGCCGCGGAACAGCAACGCAUCAUUUACUGCGGUCGGGUCUUGGCAGAUGAGAAGCAAUUGAAAACUUAUGAUGUCGAAGGUAAAGUGGUCCAUGUUGCUGAACGUCCUCCGCCCUCUCAACGCGGUCCAUCAACUUCCAGUUCACAAAAUAAUGAUGUACCUCGUGAGACACGUACAGCUACUCGGGGAAUGCGUGGUUCUCCACUAUUUCGUGCAUUGGAUGGUUUGGUCGUAGGCACGAUGGCAAUCCCUGUAAAUUCAAAUAUUAGUAAUGGCCAAAUGCGUGUCAAUCCAUUUACAUCUUCGUCAUCUUUUUGUAUGAAUCGUAUUACUGUUGCUCGUCAUAUGUUGGAUUGUGCUAAUAAUAUCGCAAAUUAUCUUGAAGAUCCACAACGUGGACUAAAUAACACUCCUUUGGAUAUAUUGACACGUGGGCGUUGGACAAUGGAAUCUACUGUUGUUGAAGUUGGUAUAUCUGCAGCUGAUUUACCAACAGAUCCAACGCAAAAUAUUAUGGAAAUGGUCCAUGGUGCUGUUUCGGCUGCCAUGCAACGUCAAGAACGCAACCCUAACAAUGUUGAAAAUCCAGCUGAAAACAACCUUACAAUUAAUACUUUACCUACUACUCGUCUUAUUAUUGAAGAUGCACAUAGUGAAGAUGAUAGCCCAGUUGACGCAGAACCUAACGCAAAUGGUAAUGCUGCUGAAGGCGCUUCCCCUACAACGCCAACAGAAAAUACAGACAAUGCAAAUACUGCUACUUCCAAUGGUGGUUCAAAUGACACACCCCGACGUACACGUACACAAGUACUUGCAGAGGUUGUUGAACAAAUGCGUCGGGUGCAAGAACGUCUUAAUCCAUUUAUUGCACGUUUUUACACACUCUUACAUGAGGAUCCAACUUUUGAAGAAAAUGACACAACUGGACGUGAAGAAGCGCAACGCUUAUAUGAUCGUGUCUCCGAAGCUUUACAUUACAUGUCUCAUGCUCAACAUGCCAUUUCUGAUUUAAUGCUUGACGUUUCGCAAGCUACUCCACGCCAUUUAACUUGUCGUCCAAUAUUAGUCGAACAAAGUGGCUAUGUUACUUCAAAUAAUUAUAUUAUGGCUUCAGCUGCCGCCCAAGCCGCAGCUACGGCUCGUCAACAGAAUGCCAACAAUACUAGAAAUAAUAGAUAUAGACCAGCAAGCACAAGUACUUUAACUACUAAUAAUGAUUCUUCUAGUGCUAAUAACACUGAGAAUACAGGAAUGGGCACAGCUCAUGUAGCUAUCGUACCAAUACCUACUAACGCAGACAACGUUGUAGAGGAUCCAGUUGAUGAACCAAUUAUUGAAGUAAUGCCACCUACACAAGCAUCCAGUGUCAAUAUUGAAGGGCAAGGAAAUGGAGGUAUAGCGGAAAUUACUUUACAGUUAAACGGACGUCCUUCAAUUGGUACUUUAUGAUAUAUAAUUUUUCUUCGGUUAAUUUAUU